CAUGAGAGGCACGACAUGGAACAAUGAGUCCAAAGGUCAAGAAAGCAAAACUUACAACAACAAAUUGAGUGUAUGUGUGCACUUUGAAAAAGUGUAAUGUUGCUUGUGAUUUUAAACACCAGUGAAUCUUUAAUCUGCUGGACGGCUUGACCUAAAGAAGUGCUUUAAAACUCCUAUCUAUUUAUAGCUGCACCAGAACUAAUUUCUCUGUUUCCUUGGUAACACUUCUGUGUGAAGCUUCUAUUUUUGAAGCCUCCACCCCAUAUUUAAUCAUUUAUGCUUUGGAGGGUAACUGGCGAUCCAGUUUCCUGUGGAGGAAGCGGAAGGGCAGUGGGUGGGGGAAGAGGAAUGGGAUUAGAGGGAUGCCUGGUCUCUUCUCCUCUCUGUAGUUGGGCCUGCAGUUGCCCAUGUUUCAUCUGACUUAAUUUCAACCGGUCCCCCUCCUCCAUAAUAUCCGGCACCAGAGCAUAGAGCAAACACUGAGUGUUCCACGUCACCACUCCACAUCCUGCAGUUUUCUUCAUUUCUCCCAAUGAUCAGAUCAAAUGAUCAGAACAGAGCAACUGUAGGUGCAGAUCAAGGUUUCUAAUUUGUUGCUUAACAGUGGACCACUCACUGUAACAUUAAAUACACUUUGUUUUGUUCCUCUGGCUUAAGCCUUCAAAGUUUUUCCUGUGGAGGCUAAUACAAAGGAACUACUUUGUAUUAGCCAUACACAUUCCAGGAAAUUGUUCCUCCGUCGUAAGCUUGCUGAGGUGCUCCAUGCAGGAGAGAUCAGGAUUUGCUCAAUGUCAGUUUUCCCCUCUGAGUGCUGCACAGCAGUUGGCCGGAAUGAAAUGCUGAAAAUAGCAACUGUGCUGCCUCUCCUGCAAGUAGUAUAGGGAGUGACGUAGUGAGCCGGUAAAGGCAAAGCAUUGCAUCCUGGAAGAGGGAAUUGUGACACAGUAGUGUGUUAGGUUGGGUCAGAGCUUUUGCGCAUAUUGAGUUAAUUCAACAUUAAGUCAACAGUCAUUUCCCAGAAGUUGCACAGCCAUUUAGAUAAAAACAUUCUGCUUCAACAUCGGAGUAACAUCAUUUCCUGUAUGCAUGACAUUGAUUGAGCUUUUUCUUUCAUUUUUAUUAUUUGUCUGUUUUUCCCUGCCUGGACCUGUUAUUUAAUUGCAGAAGUAUGGACCCAAGGUCUUUGGUUUAUGUUCUUUUCAUUUAGUGUGUAUAAAGUAACUCAUGCAUUUGUCUAGGCAAGGACAAUUUAAACAAAGUACCAUAAACAGCUUUUGUGAUUAUAAUUGUGGUUUGGUGUAAAACAUUUUCCAUUUAGGGAUUUUGUCAACUAAUUUAUUAUGAAAGGACUGAAUUCUUUAAGAAAAGAUUGGGAGACAUUUGUAUUAUUUCUGCCUUUGCACAACAAAAUUACAAAAUGAUUAAACACUUAAAUUAAUCAGGAGUGAUUUCAGUCCCCAAGAGUGCACGUCUGAUCUUUCACUGCCACUGCGUGAAGGACAAUCAUUCAUCAAUAUCAUUAGAACCAACAACAGGAUAAAGGGAACCCUUUGGAUUACAUUACAAAGGGUGUCCAAACCAGGAUUGUUUCCACUAGAUUAUAAAAGACUUUAAGCAUCUGCAGAGUGAUCAGGACCUCCGAGAGAAACAGCCAGAUUCUCUUGUGUUUACACAAUCAAAACAGUGUGAAAAAAGAUCAUUUCAGUGCAGGUACUUUCCUUAUUUGGAGGGAAAUUUAUGUGGGUUAAGUGAGAGAUUGAGAAAUAGAAGAAAAGCUUGAGUCUCACUCUACAUGGGUAAAAGUAGGCAACCCUAUGUGAAGCUGAUAUCUGGGAUCUGAUCAGAAUAUCUCUAAAACGUACCAUUAGUCUAACUUUAUACAGAGGUGGUAUCAGCUCCUCUGUGCUUAUUAGAGUCAUCUCAGAUGGACCAUCAUGCUAAAAUACAGUUAAGUCCAACAAAGACUUAACUGUAUUUUAGCAUGAUGGUCCAUCUGAGUCCAACAAAGACUUUAGAGCAGUAGCUGCUUACCAAACAGCUUGUGUCCUUCCCCAUCUAUGCAUUGUUCAAUAAAGCUACUGCUAUUUGGUUGUGUCUUACUGUGCUUCUUCGGUCUGUGCCCUCCAGGUGUAGACUUUCUCCUGCAGGUAACUGGGUACAGCUGACUCCACACUGUUCAGCUGGAGCCAAGUAGGGGUACCUGGUAUAAGAUACUUUGGACUACACACUCUUUGUGAUCUGUUAGCUCUGAUCUGAUUGAUGUUCUGCAGUCUGUGUCUUCCCUACAGUGGUAGAUGUCUGAGUGACCUCUGGAGAAUUAGGAACUCAGCGUACUGUAACUGUUACUCAGACUGGCGACCAGGUUGAGUGUAAACAUUCGGAGUAGCUAACUAAUGCAAAACAAACGCAGUGUAAAAAUAUAUGAAAUGCCAUAACUAAAUGUAAAAAUAAAUUGAUUCACCCAAAUUGGCUUAAGUCACUUUAAAAUAUGUCUUACUGUGCAUCAGGUAGUCUGGUAAAUGCCAGCCUGCUCAGUCUGCUUCUGUUUUGUUUUGUUUUUACCAGGAACAUCAUUAAUUAUUAACCUUAAUUAAAUUAUUUUUGAAGGUAAAAUACUAUGAAUACAUUUUCAUUUUUUUAAACAUUCACUAUAAUUCAUCAAACCGGUCUUCUGCUCUUAGCAUGUUGUUUAUUGCUGUUUCUUACAAACUGCUCCUGUUUUCUCAGAGAUAUACCGAGGAAUGAUAACUGUAACUGGACGCACUAACCUUAGCCAAACAGAUACCCUGCACAUGGGAGGAUUUGCAAACAGCUGUCAAGCAACACAGAGAAGAAGACCUUGGUUUCUAAAUGACAUUGUUUGUUCAAGCACAGUCGUCUGAAAGUGGAGAUGUCAUCCAAAACGCUGAGCUCUGGUAGCAUCGCUCAGGCCAGGCGGACGGUGCAGCAGCUGAGGAGAGAAGCUCGCAUCGAGAGGAUAAAAGUGUCUAAAGCUUCAUCAGACCUGAUGCGAUACUGUGGAGAGCAUGCCAAGAAUGACCCUUUGCUAAUGGGCAUCCCAACUUCAGAGAACCCCUUCAAGGACAAGAAGCCUUGCACCGUUUUGUAGCUGAAGAUCCACACUCUCACUUUUCAAAACUCUUAUGUGACAUAGCUGAUAGUUGUGAAGGUAGCUUGCCUAAGGGCUUCUGUGGCUGUCUACCUUUUCCACAUAUACCUGCUAAAACAGAUAAUACCAAAGAACAGGCAGAUAUCUAAAAGGCCCUGUGGUUGCCACGAUGUUCAGCUGAUGCCUUAGAAAACCGUGGGUUAACAAUCACCAGUAAUGAUCAAGAAGAAAUUAUCACUAUGUUGUUCAUUUUAAGACUGCAUCAAACAGCAGUCUCCAUGUUCCAUAUAGAAUGUGGAUCCAUAUCAACAUACAUAGAAAAUAGUUGGACUUUCCUCUGACCUUAAUUCAAACACCUCACUGAUACUGAAAAUAUCUAACUUGGAAUCUUCUUCACUGAGUGACUGCAGCCUGUGCAAAGUUUGGUAUUUUCAGUAAUGCGAUCUGGACCAGACAGAGUUUCUGACCUGCUGGUCACCAGCUAGGGCCCGUCAAACUCAAAAUCGACAAAUUGUAUCUCUAGGUGGCGUGUUUAGUUUGAAUAAAACAAACCCUGCUGUCAUUGCUCUGGUAUUCAAACGGUGUAAAUUGAGAUUAUUGACUCCCACUCUGCUUAAAAACAAACUGCAGUCUAGUUCAGCGGAACUAUGAACUCAGAAUGAACCAAGUCAACCAGAAAAAAACUCCUUACUUAUUUCUUGUUUCUUUGUUCUGUUACUAUUCAUUAUAUGCAUCUAAAAGUAAAUGGCAACAUCAUUGCUGGGUAUGAUGAAUACAACUGUGGUUCUGAAACCUAUUCCUAUUUAUGGGUGAAUUCUUGCCAUUAUUUUUUAUCUUUUUACACAUCUAUAAUUUUCUUUGUGAUCUACCCACUGAUUACUUUAACAGUGCCGUUUAAAUAGUCCAGGUUUCUAGAGUAUUUAAGCUGGACUGUUAAAGCUCUGUGGAAGCUAGUUUGCAGAUGACUGUUAUACUUUGCAAUAUUCUUUGCUCUUAGCUUCCAUAUAUAUUCUGUAUUAACAUGGCUUUAAUUUGCAUGCUUGUACUCAAGAACUGCUGUUACAGGUUUAUCUGUCACACUCUUAAUCCUGAAACCAGACAUUAACUCUUAUACCUACAUUUUUCAGCCACAUAAGUGCUCUAGGGUGAUACUGUGAACAAUGAAGGCUUUGAGCAUGUGUUGGCUUCACUGUGUAACGGAUUGGUUAUUGAUUAUUUGCAUUAAUUAAACGUUCUGUUAAGAAGUA